CGGUUUAUCGCCAAAAUGCGGAUUGGUGUCUAUUACGCGUGGUUUGCGCUUCUGGCGAUCGGUAGGAUGGUUGAAACGCUCUUCCACCAUCCAAUUGUCCCUGCGGCUAACAGUUUACUGGCAGCUCAGAGCGCUGAGAAAUUGAAAAAUAUUUCGCUAAAGGAUUCUUUGACCGAGGCGGUUCAAAGGAUGUCCCCAGAGGAAUUACAACAAAUUGUAGAAGAGGAAGCCCUAGGGGCACAAUUACUGGCUUCAGGAGGAUUAGAACAGGCACAAUUACUAGAAGAAGUCUACACAAAGAUUGAUUCGCAGGCCACAGAGGUGGAAAAACUGCAAGCGAGUUUGCAAGCGAUUCUUGCAUCACAGUCUGAAGCAGAAGCUCUAGACCAGGGUGAACCACAAACUCAAGUACUAACGCAGUACGAAACGCUGGCCAAACUAAAGCUGGCUAUGGCACAAUCUCUAAAGCAAGGAAUAGCGCUCUCUAAGCUUGAAUCACAAUUACUGGCUCAAGCUUUAUUACUGGCUUACCCAGAAGCUGGGUCACAGCCUCGGUCACAAGCUCAAUCACAAGCUCAAUCACAAUCUCAGUCACAGACACAGACACAAUCACAAUCUCAAUCACAGUCCCAGUCACAGUCCCAGUCACAGUCCCAGUCACAAUCUCAAUCACAAUCUCAGUCACAAUCUCAAUCUCAGACCCAGUCACAGUCUCAACGGCAAGAGCAGGCUGAAUUAAACGCACAAUUCCAACAAAUAGAGAAAGCUCGAGACCAGAUUGAAGAGCAACUGAUGGAGCUUGGUCAGGCACAAAGUCUUAUUGAGGGCCAAAUUAAAUACCAAACAGAGGGCCUACCAUCAGGAGCGGAGCCAAUUGGCCCACGCACAUGUGGCCGAUGUCAGGAGAAGCCUUACUUUUCGGAAGCGGACAUUCAAAUCGACUCCAAGCUGCAGACGGAUGCCUUGAUCCAGAGGUAUGGCUAUCCGUCAGAGACCCACUACGCGAACACAGAGGACAGAUACAAAGUCUGCUUGCACCGCAUUCCCCGGCCCGGAGCCACGCCCAUCAUGUUGGUCCACGGCCUGAUGGCCAGCUCAGCCUCUUGGGUGCAGUUUGGUCCGGCUUCAGGCCUGGCCUACAUCCUCUACCGGAAGGGCUUCGACGUCUGGAUGCUCAAUACCAGGGGCAACAUAUACUCGCAGGAGCGGGGGAGCGGUCACGAGAGCGAUCGGAGUUACUACGACUAUUCCUUCCACGAGAUCGGCCAGUACGAUAUACCGGCUGCCAUCGAUCUCAUCCUGGCGCAGACCAACCAGCCGGGCAUUCAGUACAUUGGCCACUCGCAGGGCUCCACCGCUUUCUUUGCGAUGAGCUGUCUAAGACCCAUGUACGCCGCCAAGAUAAAGCUCAUGCAGUCCCUGUCCCCAACAGUCUUCUUGAAGGGAGCCCUCAGCCCAGUUCUCAAGUUCAUGCGCAUGUUCAAGGGUGGCUUUACGAUGCUGUUGAAUCUUGUGGGUGGCUACAAGAUCUCUCUGAAGAACAAGCUCAUCGAACGGUUCCGUUCGCACAUCUGCUCAGCCUCCAGACUCACCAGUCGCAUCUGCGCCAUUUUUGAAUUUGUGGUCUGCGGCUUCAACUGGCGGAGCUUCAAUCGAACCCUCAGCCCUGUUGUGGAAGGACACGCCUCGCAAGGUGCCUCCGCCAAGCAGAUACACCACUUGGCCCAGAUGCAGGGAAAAAGUGUGUUCCAAUACUACGACUUCGGCCUUCUCGGGAAUCGACUGCGCUAUAAGUCUAUAUAUCCGCCCCGCUACAACCUUUCGCUUGUGACCAGCAAGGUGGCGCUCCACCACGGCGGAGGCGACUGGCUGGGAUCAGAUAACGAUGUGGCCCUGCUCCAGCAGAUCCUGCCUAACUGCAUCGAAAACAGGAAGGUGCGAGCAGAGGGCUUUUCCCACUUCGACUUUACGCUCUCGCAGGACGUCCGACCAUUGGUCUACGAGCGGGUCAUUGACCUUUGCGGCACCUACCGUUAGACGUUGAAAAAAUAGGAAAGGAAAUAAUAGAAAAGCUGUUGGUAGCUUAGACUUUAAAAGUUUUACUUUUUGUAAUAAAUAUUUAUUAUAUUAUAAUAAAGAAUUUAUUGAAAAAA